GUGAAGUUGUGAACACAUUCCUCGCUUGCUCCAUUGAAACCUCCCUUUUGCAUAUGGCCCUCCCUUCUUCACACCUCGGCCUCCUGCUUCUUCCUCCUACCUCCUGCUCUGCCGCGAGCGAAGCCGCGGUGGGUCCCGUUGUUGCGUUAGAGAAAGUAGCAGUGGAGCUGGCUCAAACCGAAAAACUGAAGAAAUGGAAUGAGGAGUAUGCACCGGAAUUUGUCACAGUGGCCCACAUAGCCAGGGAGGAGGCUCCAUUGGUGGUGGAAAUUGCCAAGUCCUCUCGGCUGACGUUGGUGAACAUCCGACCUUUGCUGGUAGCCAGAUACUUGGAGAAAGGAGGUGAGUGGCAGGUGGCCACGGAUGCAUCCUUCCAAAUCCCAAGAUUCGAGGAAGGACAAAACGUGGCGGAAAUCCUGCGAGAGAAGGUAACGACUGAAUUUCCGUUGGGGGGUUUUGAGACUGUCCAGGGGAGUGUGGACCGGGACGGUAUUGACUCCCAGGAGGGACAGGAGGGCGGACCGGGGCAGCAACCAGAGUCCAAAGGGAUUUCACCUCAUGCACUCUCUCCCCUGAUUGCAAAGAUGCCAACAACAAUCCAACUAAAGACCGGGAUGAGAUGGAGGCCAUGGCGAUUAGUGACUGCAGUUCCAUAUAGUGUGUUGGCGGGCCCGAGCAUCCCGGCGGAACUAAUAGCAGUUUCAAUCGCACAAGUGGUGGCGACUAAUUUGUUGGACGGCGAUGAACAUUUGGAGGAGAGGACAUUCCCAACAGACUGGGACAUAUUCUAUAGGAGCGAUGUCUCAGAUGAUGACCUGGAGCCAGGAUGGGCAGAAAACGAGAAGGAAGGCGUUUCGGAGGCAUUGGAGACUGAAAGGGAGGGCAGUGGAAGCGAGUCUGCAGGCGGAAUGGAAGACUCGGCAGGAACAUCAUCCCCUGAGAAGGUAAUGGACGCAACAGAUACGACACCGGCGAAGGAAGCUGGGGGGGUCGAGAUAGAUAUGCUUGAUAAAGCAGCGAGCGCGGCGAGCCGCAAGCCCGGUGGAGAGAAGGGCGACACAGAGGGGACGCAGGGGGUGUGGCGGAAAGGAGGGGCAAGGGGACUGGAUAGCACAUCGGAGGGUAGGAAGGGAACCGGCGGGAGAGUGGCAUUUGUGGGGAGAGGCUUGACAGAGAGAAUGAGAGUCGUAUCCGAGAGAGGACAUAGGCAGGAGAAGGGAGGAUGGAGCAAGGAGGGAGAGGGAGGAUGGGGUGAAGAGGACGAGGAAGGAGGGCGGAGGAUGGAUGGAGGAGGACGUGGGGGGAGGACGUGGGGGGAGGACAACACGAUCAAGGAGGAGGGAGGAUCGAGGGAGGACGAGGAAGGAGGAGCAGCGGGGAGGGACGGAGGCGAUGGUGAUGGAGGGAGGAGGAGUGAGCAAAAAGAUCAUGCUGACAAGCAGGCGAAGGAGGACGUGCUGAGAGGAUGACGGASAAGACGAGCAGUUGGUAAAAAGAGGGGCUGGGCACCCUGAUCAGUAGUAGUGUUGUUACUCUGCUGCACAAGAAGGGAAAUAAAGAAGAUAUUAGGAACUACAGACCUAUCUCUCUCUUCACACUUCCUUAUAAAAUCUUGGCUAAAGCUUUGUCGGCAAGAAUCGUGAACAUAACGGACAAGUGUUUCCACAUUGACCAAACAGGUUUCAUCCCGGGACGAUACAUAUUAGAUAAUGUACUGACCCUCAACGAGGCAGUUAAUAAAAUCAAAGAGAAAAG